AUGGCUUCUAGGGUGGAGAUCCUGAAUGAAGGCGGCUUUCGCUCCGAUGGACGCAGGCAAUUUGAGUUGAGGUCCAUCGAGAUGGAUAUGUCCCAACAGGGUCAUGCAGACGGUUCGGCUGUGAUCACCCACGGACUUACGCAGGUUCAGGUAUCGGUUUUUGGGCCCAGGGAGGCAAAGAUGCGCUCACAGACGAUACAUGACCGCGCCAACAUCAACGUUGAAAUUUCAAUCGCGCCUUUUAGCACUGGCGAUCGCAGAAAACGGUCGCGGGGAGACAAACGGAUAUUAGAAUACGCCGCUGCGAUAAAAUCUACAUUCGAGCCGGCCAUCCAGACGUCGCUAUAUCCGCGGUCUCAGAUUGAUGUAUUUAUCCAGGUGAUACAGCAGGACGGCGGGCUGCUCCAGGCGUGUAUCAACGGAACAACGCUUGCGCUGAUGAACGCCGGCGUACCAAUGAUUGAUUUCAUAUGCGCCGUCAGCGGGGGCGUACAUUCGACGCAUCCAUUGCUCGACUUGACACUCCUCGAGGAAAACGAUGUGCCGAACGUGACGAUCGCGGUGAUGCCCAAGACUCAAAAAGUUUCGCUGGUCACGAUGGAGACGCGGCUGCAUGUAGACAGAUUUGAGGAGGUGUUUAGGCUGGCGACGGAGGCGGGCUUGGUGCUGCACGAAGAGAUGAAGAGCGCUGUGCUGGGGAGGGCAAAGGAGCUGAUCAGUUCGUUAGACAUGGGUAGCAACGCUAAUCGCGGGGGAGACGUGGACGACGAUGGAAUGACUGGUUUCAAUUGA